AACCAUUGUAUCGUCAUCAGCGUAGUGCCACGGUUGUGCUCUCGUAAAACCGGAACCCAGCGAAGCUAGCAGAAGCAAAAACCAGCAGCUCCUGUUCUAUUGUAGUGUUGUAGUUCCAGAUAUACAGCCAGCAAACCAAAUCUCAAGCACACAUACACUCGUGUACAUCACAUACAUCCAUCUCAGUCGUCGUCACCCUCUCUCCGAGUACGGUACAUAGUGCAAAAAGGAAGAAGAAAGUUUUUGUUCCGUUCGUUUCGGUGAAAGAGCAAAAGAGAAAGACCGAGACCGAAAUUGAUUUUUUCUGCCUGGAAAUUUUUCUUAUUGACUGCUGCUGCCACUACGGAAGUUGUACGUCCAUCAAGAGUUAAUUGAUAUUCGCAGUUUUGCACGCAGUUUCCUACGGUGACUGUUUGACGUUUUUCUUUGAAGAAGCUGGUGUGUAAACUUGUUUGUUUUUGUGACAUUUUUGGAGUGCGGUAAAAAUAACACAGAUCGCGAUAUUUAAGUGACGCCUUGUCGUUGCCGUGGCCGCGAAGAAGGAAAGUUGCCAAAUUUGGAAGUGAAGGGAAUAGAGCGUGUGCAACGGUGAAACUGCACGCGAGUCGAAGAAAAUUUUAGUGUGAAACCAAGUCAAAAGAACAGCCUCAAAAUUACGACUUCAAUCAUGACCAACAAAGUGCUAGCAGCCGUACAAGAUCUACAAAAACAAAAUGGCGAAUCGCAGAAUACUGCAGCAGCGGCGUCCGGGUCGGAAACGGCUCGGACGAAUCUGAUUGUCAACUAUCUGCCCCAGACAAUGACCGAGGAGGAAAUCCGGUCUCUGUUUUCGAGCGUCGGCGAAGUGGAAAGCGUCAAACUCGUCCGGGACAAGAAUGUAAUCUAUCCGGGCCAACCGAAAGGGCAAAGCUUAGGAUACGGCUUUGUCAACUUUCAUCGAUCUCAGGAUGCCGAACAAGCCGUGAAUGUGUUGAAUGGAUUACGCUUGCAGAACAAAGUACUGAAGGUGUCUUUCGCUAGGCCAAGCUCGGAAGGAAUCAAAGGGGCUAAUCUAUAUAUUUCUGGUUUGCCAAAAACUAUCACGCAAGAGGAAUUGGAGACAAUUUUCAGACCGUACGGUGAAAUUAUCACCAGUCGUGUGUUGGUCCAAGAGGGUAAUGACAAACCGAAAGGAGUUGGGUUUAUUCGAUUCGAUCAACGCAAAGAAGCUGAACGUGCCAUUGCUGCUCUGAAUGGAACUACACCAAAAGGUUUAACAGACCCAAUUACGGUCAAGUUCUCGAACACUCCUGGACAGAAUACGGCUGCUAAGAUUGUGCAGCCUGCUUUGCCGACUUUCCUGAACCCGCAGCUGACUCGCCGAUUGGGAGCUAUUCAUCAUCCGAUUAACAAGGGAUUAGCUCGCUUUUCACCGAUGGGAGGAGAAGUGUUGGACAUGAUGCUGCCGACUGCACCGACUACGGGAAUCGGCGCAAUCGCACCGUCUGGUGGUUGGAGUAUCUUCAUCUACAACCUGGCACCGGAAACCGAGGAGAACACUUUGUGGCAACUGUUUGGCCCAUUCGGUGCCGUGCAGAACGUGAAAGUCAUCAAAGAUUCGGCGACAAACCAGUGCAAGGGAUACGGCUUCGUCACGAUGACCAACUACGAGGAGGCAAUGCUGGCGAUUCGAUCUCUCAACGGAUACACCCUUGGCCAGCGGGUGUUACAAGUCAGCUUUAAAACCAACAAAGCAAACGCCGAAAUGGCCGAUCAUUAAAUCAAGAAAGAAACCCAUUGUAAUUGAGAAGGGGGCAAACCAUAUAUCAAACGCAUCGAGACGUCACCCACCCUUCGAAACUAAAGUAAAAGUCAAUCAAACUCCCCCGCAUCAAGACGCGAGUACUGUUAUAGUGCAAUAAAUAUUCCACACACUCACGCGAAUACACAUACAUACAUACAGACAGACAAGCGAAGUACAAUCGCACACAAGCCGCGAUUUAAAGCAGACACCGAGUUUGAGCGAGAGCCAAUAAAUUGGUGGUGGAAAAGCGUGCACGCGACUUGAGAGCGAGGGGUGCAAUUUUCCUCAAACUAGGGGGUGCGUCGCGAUUGAAUUUGAUAUACUCCAGCCCUGUACUUCUCAUUUCGUAUCGUCCGUCGUCGCAUGCGCAUGCGGAAGAUCGAAGAAGCGCCAGCCGCCAGAAAUUCGCAACUCCCCUCUACAACCCUGAUAUGAGAUGAAUGAUGAUGAUGAUGAGGCAAAGAAUCUUCAAACACAGAACAGAAACAGAGAUCCGCUUUGGAAGCGUGACAGACAGAACAAGAGCGAGACGCCCGCGCGAGAAAUCAAGUAUGUGUGCUUUUACCCAUUCUUUUAAAUACUUUCAUUAAAACCUAAGAUAGUCAAGUAAUCACACAUCCCAGCUCGCUCUUACCAUAACUAGGGCUAUUAUAAGGCUAGGAGCACUAAUCAGAUGUAUGUACGGCUUCUCGGUGUGACUUGGAAUUUUUUCUAGCUUUUAUACGGCGCGCAUACACUUCUUGACAGCAUGGGUUGCUGCGCGCCGUUUUUCGUGUAUUUGUGCACAAUUUGCUUCCAUCACAUCGGAGUAGGCGAUUAAUUAGCGACUCACGCGCGACUACUCUUGUUUUCUUCUCUCUAUAUUUCCAAAGUCUAUUUACACACGAAAUGCGCGCAGCUGGAAAAGUGAUGAUGAUAAUGUGCGAUGAGAUCAGUACCAGAGUCUGCUAGAGCUGGGAAUUCUCUAUUGAUGUGUAGCGAGAAAAAAUAAUCAAGCAUACGUGUAAAUUGAGCACACUUGGCCAUCUUCAACACGUCGUUUCGAGAUCGAACAUUUUUUAAGAGGCUUCCCGAAGCAAGGAAGGAGAAGGCUAUACUGUAGACAGUUAACGUAACACUUUUCAUUCGUUUCCCGUGUGUAUGGCGAGGAGUCGGAAAAGUGUGAGCUUUACAACAAGAACAAAUGGCUUACAUUAGCUCUAAAUAACACGUUGAUGACGAAAACGACGAUCAAUAAGAAAACUAUAACGUGGUCGACACGAGAACCACUGGUAGUCAACAAAGCUGAAAACUGAAAGAAACACGAAAAUCUAGUCAAAAGAAAAAGAAACUUUUACAACAAAACAUAGUAGGCAGAAUAGGUUCUUUUACGCGUUAGUCUUAAAUGUCCCCCUAAUAAAUAUGUAACCAAGCUGAAACAUAUAUUUAUUGAUGGAGAAUGUGUAUCGACGACGAGUGGGAUGUAAAUCAAAGUGGUACUACUGCAAUAUUGGGAACUUUAUUUCAUCACACUUAAUCGGUGCAGGAAAAGCCGGAUCGCGAAUGCUAGCCAGAGGCAGCAGCACGCAAGAUACACACAAGAAAAUAGUAAGAUUAAAUUAAUAUUCUAGGGAAAUUUUAUUUAUUUUUACAACUUAUUUAUUGACAACUACGGAAGGUGGCUUUGAGACAAAACAUAACAAAAGCAAGCAAAACUCUUCAAGCUAUCGAUAAAUGCCAGACGGAAAGCAAAUAAUGAAGAAACCAACCUGCAAAACUACGAAAGGAUCUCAUUUUUUAGAGUGUAAAGCAAGUGCAAACAAGUUGGGUUCGAGGAAACGCGUAAACGGAAGCCAUUAAUUUAGUAAAAUUGAACGAGUGAGCCUAUAAUACAUGCAGAUGCAGAUGAGAUAAAACUAAUCCUAGAGAGUGAAAAAGAACGCGCAAAACUGAAAGAGACUCAAAACGAACGACUCAAAGCAAACGUACUUAGAGAAAAGAAGAAACUGCUGUGGCACAGUGCCGGAGAACAAUUAAAAACCAUUUUGAUUUUUCGGUUACGGAAACUAGUGGAAGAUAAAGUAGAAUCACUGAUUUGUUUAGGUUGUUGGGGACGUUUCCAGCGCAAACUAGUUGUCAUUAUUAUCAGCGCAACCGUGUUGCCACCGACGCACAUUUUUUCUCCACAAAACCGUCGGUUAAGUUUCAACAUUCUCUUCUUUGAAUCAAAACGAUAGACUUUUAUAAACACCCGAGACGAGAACUUUCAAAGCCCACCAUCGGAACGCUAAUUCGUUUUUGUGUGGUCUUUGUUUGAAUAGAAAAAUUGGUACUAAACUUGUUGUGAUGCAUUUCUCUUGGCUGAGACCGAGAGCAGGAAGUUUGUGCAUCAAUUGAGUAGCAGAAGCGUGGAACUUUUUUUUUUGGUUUCAGCCAUACAAAGCGAUCAUUACCCCGAGAAAAAAAGGGAAAACAUUAGUCGAAAAGUAUUAUAAGCCUGAUAUGGAGGCAUAUUAACCGUAUUGGAUACAAGAAUAUUAAAUGGAUAACAUCUAUUGGAAUGAGCAACAAAACAAGCAUAAUAAUGUCGCACAGUAAUUUUUAAGAUGAUUGUAAGACAAGUUAUUGAUAUACACAAAUUCAGCCCCUGUACCAAAACUCCGCAGAAAAACCAACAAGCAUUGUUGCGAUGGAAAAACAGAAAUACUCCCCAUACCAUUUCUCACCAGGAAUAUAUUGAUAUUAUAUAUUAGAGAAAAAGUGAGACAUUAAGAGAGAGAGAAUAGUGACAUAGAAGCAAAGUUUUAACAUGACAAACUUUCAUCAGUUGUUUAUACAUUUUAUAUGGUUUUUCUACUUUAUUUUCAACCACCUAGAUUCGAUUUUAUCCUUGGUUUUCAAAUAAUUCCACUUCAUCCGCUUCCCUUUCGGCAAACGGUUCCAUGUCCAUUCACGCAUUUAAAGCAACUAUUACAAAUCUUAUUUGUGAUUUCUAGUCCAAGCUGGCGCUGAAGCCGCCAGCGCCUUUCUUUUCCAUGGAAACUAAACCGUGCCCGGGAGGGAAAAGGCGAAGAAAAUGCAACACCCGAAUCUAUUCCAUUACAACUGUGAUACAAGCAAAACAAGAAAAAUGUACUUUUAAGCAAAAUCAAACAACAAAUACACGCAGAAAAUUGUGCAAGCAAGAAUGUGUGUUGACUUGACACUGUUCCAAUCCAAGUGCAAAUCGGUCGCCAUGGCGACCAAACUCUUCUGAUUGGCACUUGGUGCGCAGUGUCGUUGCCGUGUGUUCAGUAUUUUUAGUUCUCGCUGAAAUUUCCAUUCCCCUACCGAUUAAUCUUCGCCGCCGUGUGUCGAGAUGGGAUGGCGCGGCAGUGCUGCACAUUGCGUGCACAUUUCUGGCAAAGGCCACCAUCCCGCACAAGAUCGCACGCAGGAAGCAGCUCGUAUGUGACAUUUGACCGAGGUGGCGCUUCUGUCGCUGUGCGAUUCGCGCGCGCAUUCUUGCUGACAACGUUUUCAGUUUUUAGCAGAGUUCUGUUUUCUUCUUGUUUUAUUCUGUCGAAUUAUGCGUUUUAGUUUCGUUUGUUUUGGUUUCUUUCGUUUGCUCUGUUUUCUUUUUCAUUUUUUUGGUUUAAUUACUGUAAGAAAAAUAAAAACAUUACCAAACAGGUUCCGGUACACAUUACGAUAAAUUUGUUCCAAUUGGAUAGCGAAAUGAAUUAAAAAAUGAAAUCAUUAUUUGCUUUUGUAAUCAGUAUUCAAAAACAAAAAAUUAUAAAAACACUGUAAGAAAUCUGUUUACUUUCUUAACAUCUGAUUUAUGGUUUGCUUUGUUCUUUAUACUUUUGAGUUUUAGUGAAAACCAUUUACUCACACACACACCCGCACACCCAUACCAGAGAGAAAGAGAGAGCAUCAACAUUCAAACGUUUUUUGUUUAGAUUCAUUCGUACGUUGACAGGUGUAAUUUUCUUUUUCUUUUUAUUAUAAUUUCGAUUUUAUGAUGACACAGACUCAAAACGCGACGGUAUCGACAAAAAUAAACACACCCAAAAUGUCACAAGUCUCUAGUCUGAUCUAGGCCAGAGUGUCAAGCGUCGUUUCUGUGAAAUUCUAGUUUUGAUUAUGUGGGUUCAUUAUUUUUCGGUUUGGUUAAUUGUUGUUUUCGUCUUCUUCAGUUUUAUAGGUCCCGUAUUAUUAGUUUUAGUAGUUUUUAUUUCGCUCCUGCUUUUGGGCAGGACUUUACUUAUAAGUUAUGUACAGUUCAUUUGGGAUUAUCGCACGAUUUUUUUUAUCUUUUUUUUUCAGUAAAUAAUCAGUUUAUUUUUAUGUUUUAUUAUUUCUUUUAAUUUCUCUUUUUUCUUUUUGUGUGUUUUUUCUUUUCUUUAUUUUUAGGAUUUAUGUUAGAAAGAAUUGAGAGUGAUGUGUGCAAUAGGAUGUGACUAUGUUUUCUUCCUUCCCUUCUUCUCACCUUAUCUUAUCCACUCUUAUUCUUGCUUUUGCUUAGAUUUUAAUCACAGAAGAAGAAAGCUAAACCCUAGAUUAUUCUAUAUAGCAAGUACGGAUAGAGGAAACACUAUUUAUUUGAAACAGAUUUUCAUACUUAUUUAAAGUUAGUAUUUUAAGCAUAGUUUGAUCAUAAUUUAAUGCGUAUUCAUCGAUGAUUGUAAAAAGCAAGAAGCUUAUUAGUUUCAAACAUCUGGCAGUUUCAUAAACUAGCGCAGCAUACUCUGUUUGUUUGAGUAUUCAUUUGACAGUGAAGCGUGCAAACACACUUUUGUUCAGUUCCUUAACAAUUCAAACGAAUGAAUAGAAAAGAAUCAAACGACAAUAAGCGACAGUCCAACAACGUGACGGAAUAUUUUGAACCAAGAAGUACAAAAGUACACUUUGUUGGAUUGUCAAGGUCGUGAAUGUGAUUUGAAAAUGUGUUAAAAAAUAAAUCACUUCAACAUAAACCUGUAUCACCAAAAAACACCACCACGUUCUAUCCAUAGCAAAGUAGAGUGAUUUUAGUUGUACUCAGAAUUCAGUUUCUCUCUCACCCACACCAUAAGAUGUUUGUUUGAUUGUAUUUUUCUUUAAACCACGGAAGCAAUGUUUCAAACAUUAGUGCAACAUUUUCACUAUAUUAUAAAACAAAAAACAAUGAAAACCACCUUAAAGAGGAAAUCGAAACGACUCUCAAAACAAAACUUUUCGAAUACUAUAAUUAAACAUGAAACUGCAAAACUGGCAGCCCGGCAGCAGCGACAACAGCAAAAAGAAUCACAUUAUGAUGCUUGUGUUGGUAUUUACCUCUUAUCUCGUUUGCGUUAGUUUCAUUAUAAAUUUUUGAAUAAAACAAAAAAAAAACUUGAGGGAAAACCGAAUUCCGCUACAGCAAAAGAAGCAACGGCUUACCGUUAAAACGUCUACUGAAAUUACGGCUUUGAUUUAUCAUUAUUUAUGUAUUCGAAUUAAUCAAUGUAUAAUUUUAUUUUCCCGAAUAUGUUCUUGUGUACAUACGAAAAUUAUAAAAGCAAAUCAAUUAUUACAAUAGUAAAAGAAACAAAAAUAUGAAAUACAAUAAAAAAAAUUAUAA